UUCUCACAGUAAGCGAGCGCUCCUGUUUCACUUCUCCUCUCUCUCUCUCUCUCUCUUCCCUGCCUUUUUGAGAAGGAGGGAGGGAGGCGAAGAGACGUGAAAGGAGUAGGGCGGUGCAAGGGAAGCAAAAGCAGAGGAAGCCGGUGCAUGGACGCAGUGGACGCAGGCCCAUCGAGGGCCGGAGGAAGCGACACGGGUCCACCGGCGGGGGCGGCGGCGCCGAGUAGGUACGAGUCGCAGAAGCGGCGCGACUGGAACACCUUCCUGCAGUACCUGCGGAACCACAAGCCGCCGCUGGUGCUGACGCGCUGCAGCGGGGCGCAUGUCAUCGAGUUCCUACGUUACCUCGACCAGUUCGGGAAGACGAAGGUGCACCUCUCCGGGUGCGCCUUCUAUGGCCACCCGAGCCCGCCGGCGCCCUGCACCUGCCCGCUGCGCCAGGCCUGGGGCUCCCUCGACGCCCUCAUCGGCCGCCUCCGCGCCGCCUACGAGGAGUCUGGCGGAUCUCCUGAAACCAACCCCUUCGCCGCCCGCGCCGUCCGCAUCUUCCUCCGCGACGUCCGCGACAGCCAGGCCAAGGCCCGCGGCAUCCCCUACGAAAAGAAGAAGCGGAGGCGUGCGCCCACUGCUUCCGACCAAGUCCAUGGCGGAGGUGAGUCUUCCUCUUCCGCCGCUCUCAGUGGCGACAGUUCUGGUUCGGGUGCCGGUGAGGGAUCUGCAGUUCCGCUGUGGGGCUCGUCUAUUUCCUGAUCUCUCUCCCCUCCGCCCCUCUCUCUCUCUCUCUCUCUCUCUCUCUCUCUCUCUCUCUCUCUCUCUCUCUCUCUCCUUGCUUUCUCUUUGUUAGCACUCACUGAGAGAUGGCUAUUCCUUUUGUUCCCCUCAAAACAUGUUUGGAU